AUGCAGAAGAAGCAGCAGACUCAUGCUGCUGGUCGAAUCCACAUCAAACUGGACAGCCGGAGCAGUGCUGCUGCCAGGGAGCGGAGGCAGAGGAGAUAUGUUGAGAAGAUGUUGAGAAGUUGGCAAGCGGCUCUCCGCCGUCGGCUGCAGAGCAGUGCGGUGCAGCGUCCAGUGGGCAAUAAAUACGCCCCAGCCCUUUCUGAGGCGCAAUCCGGAAACGCCAGCGUGGUACCGGCUGUACGCGAUGUUUUAUCAAUACCGUACGGUUAUUUCGCUAUGUCCUGGGUGUUUGUGCAGCGGGAUGCGGCUCUGAACAGAGUUUGGGAUGCGGAAAUCAAAUCAUCAUCAAAAUGUGGAGAGUUACAAGAAGAGCGACAGGGUGACUGGGAUUGGGAAUCAACGGACAGCACUCAAGGUUUUUGA